AUGAGGCGAGAAGUUGUGAGGUACAUUUGGCGCUGUUGCGGUCCUGGAAGUACAGUCUGGCACAGUUCUCCACUGCGACGUUACUCGUCAACAACACGUGGCCUCGAUGUCGCCGUCAUUGGAGCUCCAAAUGUGGGAAAGUCGCUGCUUACAAAUCAGCUUGUUCGAGCCUCCGUGUCUUCUGUGAGCAGCAAAAUGGACACCACAACCCAGAAUAUUGACGCAGUAUUGACGGAAGAUGACGUGCAGCUGAUCCUCCUAGAUAGCCCUGGAACUGUAGGUCUUCGUCAUGCCAGGGAGGUUAUGGCAAGGAAACAAGACAUUAUUGUAAUGGAACCUGAAACUGCACUGCAAAAAGCGGAACAUAUACUUGUAGUUCAGGAUGCAACUGCUACUGGAGAUUACAUCCAACACCGCGUUUUACACCUUCUCCAUAGAUACUCACACUUACCUUCGUCUCUUGUGAUUAACAAAGUGGAUCUGGUCACCAGAAGAAGCGAUUUGCUUGAGCUAGCUCGUAUCCUUACUAAUGGUCGAGUCGGUGGAAAACCAAUACAGAUUCGAGAGAAAAAGAUCGGUCGUCUUGGAACCCCCACUCAAGAUUUCACUUUGCAUGACGAAACUGUCAAAAUGCAAGAUGAAAGCAUGGCAAUAUCCUCGCUGACUGGUGAAGGAAUUGACCCGCUACGAAGGCAUUUGAAAGACUUGGCGUCAGAGAAGCGAUGGCGUCUGGACAAGAUGACGAUAACCACUAAGAGCCCUCAGCAAUUGUGUGUGGAGGCGGUCCGUGCUGCUUUGCUCGAUACUUUGCCCGGGAACGUGGCGUACAUUUUGCAACCAAAGAUCAAUGAAUGGAAUGAAGAUGGAGAGGUUCUUCAAAUCGUCGUGGAUAUUAACUGCGAUAAGGAACGAAUAGCGAAAUUCGUUUUGGGGAAGGGUGGGCAACGAAUAGUAGACAUUGGAAGGCGUGUUAACGAUCACAUGAGCAAUCUGUUCGCUCGGCAACUCUUCGUUCGCAUUCUUGUCAAGCAUAAUAAGAAAAUAAUGAAUAUCCUCUCGUAA